AUGAUUUAUAUCCUGUCCCAAGUCGCUAGCUUAUGUAGUAAAAUGAAUUCUGUCGACAAAGAUUAUCGUUUUAUGGCUACUAAUGAUUUAAUUUCGGCACUGCAACACGAAUAUUUCAAGUUGGAUGAUGAAAGCGAAAAAAAGGUUGUAAGUACUGUCAUGCGUUUACUUGAAGAUAAAAAUGGAGAAGUUCAAAAUCUAGCUGUUAAAUGUCUGGGUUUACUUGUGACUAAAGUAAAGGAGAAUUAUGUCGAACAAAUUGCCAAUAGCCUAUGCGAUGGUAUGAAGUCAACUUCAGAGCAAUUGCGUGAUAUCUCCAGCAUUGGUUUAAAAACAGUCAUAGCAGAUAUUGCUUCUCAAACUCAGUUAGCGGUCCUCCUUUGCAAAUUGAUUGUAUCUCGCCUUCUUUCCGUUAUUCCAAGGGCUCAAGACCCUUCGGUACAACUUGAAGCUCUAGAUAUCUUAAGUGAUAUCUUAAAGAAAUAUGGUGGACUUUUAGCCGAUCACCAUUCCAACGUUCAAGAUUGCUUAAUAGCUCAAAUGACCAGUUCUAGACUAGCUGUCCGUAAAAGGGCAACUAUUGCAUUAGGACAACUGGUGAUCUGUAACAGCAAUUCUUUGUUUGUUGAAUUAAUGCGAUACAUAAUUGGUGAACUGAAUCAGAAUCGUUCUUUAUCAACCACCAGAACUUAUGUACAAUGUAUUGCUACUAUUAGUCGACAGGCAGGCCAUAGAAUCGGAAAUUAUGUUGAUACUCUCAUGCCAUUGCUAUUUUCCUUUUCCAUGCAACAGGAUGAUGACGAAUUUAGGGAUUACUGCUUACAGGCUCUAGAGUCGCUAGUUCUACGAUGCCCGAAGGAAGUUACUCCUUAUGUUAUGAGGAUUGUCCAAAUCUGCUUGGAGUAUCUGAAAUACGAUCCUAAUUACAAUUAUGAUAGUGAUGAUGAGGAUAUGGAAGACGAAUCUGACGCUGACGAUGAUGAUGACGAUGAUGAAGGGGAUUACAGUGACGACGAUGAUGUCAGUUGGAAGGUUCGACGAGCAGCAUCUAGAUGUAUUAAUGCAGUAAUCAGAUCUCGACCGGAAUUGUUGUACGAUUUUUAUCGAAAUGUUUCUCCAACUCUUAUAUCUAGAUUUAAAGAACGAGAAGAAAAUGUUAAGAGUGACAUCUUUUCUGCCUAUGUUACUCUGUUACGACAAACAAGAACUCUGGCUACCGUAGAAACUAGAACCGAUGCUAUGGAUGAAGAUGGUCCCAAUAGCAUGCUACAAGGACAAAUUCCAAGUAUUGUGAAGGCACUCCGUAAAAUUCUUAAGGAUAAAAGCGUUAAAACAAGACAAGGCUGCUUUAGCGUAUUGUCAGAAGUUUGUCAAGUUUUGUAUGGAGCCCUUAACGAUCAUAUGACCUCAGUAAUGCCUGGCAUAGUUUAUUCUUUAAGUGACAAGUCAUCAACAUCAAAUAUGAAGAUAGAUACAUUGUUAUUUCUUCAAUGCGUUCUAACGCAUCACGAGGCCAACGUCUUUUAUCCUCACAUCGAUGUUUUGGUACCGCUGGUGAUAGAUAAAGUAUCGGAUAUGUUUUAUAAAGUUAUUUCCGAAGCCCUGUUCGUAUUACAGCACUUAAUAAAAAUUAUGAGACCACUGGAUGGUAAUAAGCAAAGUUUAGCUAGGUACGACGUACAUGCGCGAAAUAUCUACAAAUCUACCGUGGCUAGGUUAGAGACUACAGAUAUUGAUCAGGAAGUGAAAGAAAGGGCAAUAACGUGCAUGGGUCACCUAAUUAGUAAUAUGGGGGAUAUCUUACCGUCCGAAUUGAAAAGUUGCUUACCGAUAUUGGUGUCUAGACUUCGUAAUGAUAGCACACGCUUAUGCACAGUGAAAGCUCUUACGACCAUGGCUAAUUCGCCACUCAACCUUGAUCUAACGAUGAUAUUACCUGAAUCUAUCCAGCUGCUAUCAUCGUUUUUAAGAAAAAAUAGUAGAGCUCUCAAACUUUCUAGCUUAACGGCUCUCAACAUACUGAUCCAAAAAUUUGGGCGAUUAAUGAAUGACCAACUUUGUGAUAACGUCUUUUGUGAAAUUCCAUCGCUUAUUAACGAAAGUGAUUUGCAUGUCUCACAACUUACAUAUCAUAUUAAAGGAGGUGUUGGUAUUACUGAAAUCUCCGUUACUACAAGGUGCUGCGGUGCUUUGAAUGCGCUUUUGGGCUUUAUUUGUCAAGCUAUUAGAAAUAAAAUUCCUAAAAUGAACCCAAAUGAAGUUCUCCAAAUGCUUACACACCCAAUUUACUAUCCUGAAUCUCAAGGCCAAGGCUCGUUAGCAAUACAUAAGCAGGCUUUUUACUCAGUUGCCAAAUGUGUUGCUGGCAUCAUUAUGGAGUCAUCGGAUCUAAGUACAACUGUUGUUCAACAACUAAUUCGAGACCUUGAAAGCGCUUCUUCAUCGGUAUCGGUCAAAAUGUUUACAUUGCUUGCAUUGGGCGAAAUUGGACGAGUAGUGAACAUGAGUGCAUUCCAAAAUCUUAAAUCAGUAAUAACAUCCGCUUUCUCGUCGUCAUCUGAAGAAAUUAAAUCUGCCGCAUCCUUUGCAUUAGGCAACAUUGCAGCUGGUAAUCUUGCGGAAUAUUUACCUUUCAUAUUUAAGGAAAUUGAAAGCGAAUCUAAGAAGCAAUUAUCGUUUGUCAAUCCUCACAUUCGGCAGCCGUGCAAUCACUUGCUCCAUAUGAACUUACUAUUCCAAAGUUGUGAAAAAGCGGGCGGCGAAGGAAUUCGAAACAUGGUUGCGGAGUGCUUGGGCAAACUAACCAUUUUGGAUCCAGAAAAUUUACUGCCAGAUCUACAUAAUCAUUUGGCGUCUAAUUCAUCCUUCGUUCGCUGUACCGUGGUAAAUGCUGUGAAAUUCGCGAUAUCUGAGCAGCAUCAUCAAGUCGAUUUGAAACUUAAACAAUAUAUGGGAGAUUUUUUAAAGUCACUUGAGGACACUGAUCCGAAUGUCCGACGAGUGGCACUUGUAACGCUAAAUUCGGCGGCCCAUAAUAAACCUUCUUUAAUUAAAGAUAUGUUGGAUGUCAUUCUUCCAAGCUUAUAUGAUAAAACUAUUAUCAGGAAAGAUAUGAUUCGUGAAGUUGAGAUGGGUCCAUUUAAGCAUACAGUCGAUGACGGCUUAGACAUUCGAAAGGCCGCUUUCGAAUGUAUGUAUACCUUACUGGAUACUUGCUUAGAUAAAUUAGACAUAUUUCAAUUCCUCAAUUACGUUGAAGAAGGCCUGAAGGAUCACUAUGACAUCAAAAUGUUGACCUACCUCAUGCUUAUUAGACUAGCAACUCUGUGUCCGAAUGCGGUUCUCCAACGCUUCGAUAAAAUAUUGGAUCCUUUAAGAGCUACAGUUAUGGUUCAGGUUAAGGCUUUAGCAGUGAAACAAGAGUUCGAGAAGCAAAAUGAAUUGAAAAGAUCCGCACUUCGAGCGUUGACAUCAUUGAUGAAGAUACCCGAUAGUGAUAAAUCUUUGCAAUUAAAUGAAUUCCUGCAGCAAAUCAACAGUAAUCCUGCAAUUUCUAGUAUGUUUGAAACUAUCAAGAACGAUGAAAGUGGAAGUGGGACAUUUAUUCAUACAGACUUUAAAUAA